AUGCUGUCAAAUGCAAGUGUUGAUCCUGUCUCCCUUCACUUAGAUGAAAAGCUUACACACCUAUGUGGUAAAGACUUGUGUUAUAUCUACAAAGUGCAUGAUCGACUACGUUGGCAAAAUGAAAAGUUAUAUGAACCAGAAAUAAUUGCUAUAGGACCAUAUCACCAUGGUAAAGACAACCUACAAUGGAUGGAAGAACACAAAUUACGGUAUCUGCAAUUGCUUCUUAAACGAAGAAAUGAGACUAGUGUGGAUAGAUACAUAGUAGCCAUGAGAGAUUUGCAAGAACGAGCAUUUAGAUGUUAUGCAAACUCUGUAUGGCUUAACAAAGACGAGUUUGUGAAAAUGAUGCUUCUUGACAGUUGCUUUCUCGUUGAGUUGUUUCGCAAAUUUACCAUAACAAGUAUGAGAGAUAGGAAUGACCCACUCUUCAAAAUUGAUUGGAUACUUCCAAGUAUAUGGCGCGACUUAUUGUUAUUUGAAAAUCAACUUCCAUUCUUUGUUCUUGUGCAAUUGUUCGAUAUGACCAAAAGUUCUCGACCCUCAUGA